AUGCAUGCCGCAGCUGCUUCGUCCAACUGCACUCCCCCAAGCACGGGCGGCGGCGCAAAGAGGCCCGUCGCAGAUGUCGACAUCCCCGGCACUGAGCCAUCUUCAACCGAGACCAAUGCGAACAAAAGGCAGCGCGUCGGACGCUCGAACUCGACAAUACCCAAGACACUGCCCAUGCAGCCACACGAAGCUCUUCUGGAGGAACUCAAAGGAAAAUACAGCAUCGCCACAACUUCAGUCAUAGCCUCCUCCAAGAUCAACAAAAAGGUUACCCAGGUCCUCUCCCACCUCGGCCAUGUCGACCUUUUCAGCCCGUCCUCCAUCCCCGGGGUCAUGAUGGUACACGCGAGGGCCAACGAUGCAAACAAGAUGGUGACGGUCAUGGAGAUCGCCAAGAGACAAAUGAACAAGGCGGGCCAGCCCUGGUAUCAGUACAACAGGGUCUAUGAGGUAGCAGACGAACGUGAUUCGAGAUUCAAUCCCACCGGCCGGGUAGCAGACCAGACGGUCAUCGAGAAUACACUUAUAAAUGGUCAGGACGCGGACGGAGAGGAGGACGACGAAGACGACGCUUUCGAGCCCGUCGAGACUGCCUUCGAGCGCGCGGUUCGUGAGAAACCCGCGGAGGAGUCGAAAGCCACCUACAUGAGCAUCUUUCUCUCGCGCGUGCCGAUGCCAGAGCUCCAGGCGAAGACAUACAUCACACUUCAGACGAACGGGGCCGAGAUUGGCAGACUGCCCCGCCCAUGA